GUGAGAGGGAAGAUAAGGAGGCAGUCAGUGAGGUGGGUGGGAGCGCUGCCGCUGACUUGAGAAACACCAGUGGCGAGUCACGACGAGUCCUUGGUGCUGAGACAAAGUCGACCAAGUGGAGGUGAGGACUCCCGGGUCGAUUUCUCCCUAAAAAGAAGAAGAAAAGAAACGAACAGAAAGAAGAAAAAAAUAAAUAUAUAUAUAUAUAUAUAUAUAUAUAAUCACUUGGAGUAAUUUAGUCUUCGCCGGUUAGCGUGAGUUUGUCAAUUAGUUGUCUCCUGUCGGUUUCCCAAUGUGCGUCAAGAGGAUUCUGCUCCUGUUUGGACUCGCAGCCUCAGGCGUGCUGCCGGUCAGCGGGAUCCGUAUAUAUACUUCUGACGAUGUGGAGGCAGUCAACGGAACGGACAUUCGUCUGAAGUGUACAUUCAGUAGUUCCUCUACCAUCAAUCCCAAUGCCAUCAUCAUCUCCUGGAGCUUCAGACCCCUUAAACCAGGCCGAGAAGAAUCAGUAUUUCACUACCAGCAAAAGCCAUACCCUCCUCAGGAGGGUAUUUUUCGGAACCGCAUCAUCUGGGCUGGUGACAUCAUGGGUCAAGAUGCCUCCAUCAUAAUUCGUCAAGUCAAGUUUACCUACAACGGCACUUACACGUGCCAGGUCAAGAACCCGCCAGAUGUUCACGGCUCAGUUGGAGAGAUUCGACUACGUGUCGUCACUACCGCCUCUUUCUCUGAGCUUCUGCUGCUUGCGUUCGCCAUCGGGGGAGGGAUCUCUGUUGUGGUUCUCCUCCUCAUCAUUAUAGUGUCCUGCAGGAGGUGCAAGAGGAAGAGAGAGAGGCGGGAUGGAGAAGUGGAGGCUCCUCGCAAAGAGAGAAAAGAUCCCACAGUAUGCUGACUGUGGGGAUUGGGCUUGUGGCGCUCCUUCCUGGGGCCUGGGACUCUUUCCCGCUGGACAUUAAACUUCUUCCUUCCUUUUCAACCACAAUCUUUGGAUCCAGUUGAAGGGCAGCUUCCAGUAAAGAGAAGACAAUGAGAAAGCGCCCUUAUGUAAAAAGUGCAGACACAGAGCUUUUUUGAUAUCACAAUGUGCCUUUCACUUGUGCAAUGUUUUGUUUUUUAAUCACUUCGUCUUUUCCUGUUCACUUAAAUCGACUUGAGACGCCAUUUUCUGUUUAGACAAUUUGUUUUGAUGAUGUGGCAUUUGAACAACGGUGUAUUCCCAAUGUUUACUUGCCUACUAAUACAUUUCAAACAGCAACAUUCCAGUGCAGUCCAAGUAAGAUGUUGGAUGGAAACUUGUGCAUACAAGCAACAGGAACUGAACGGUUUCAUUUCACGACACUUGUCGCAAUAUUUAAGAUGCUUAAAUUUAGACCUCUCAUUAACAGACAAAAGCAGUUAUUAUGACUGACAGUUUAGGUCAGAUCUAACCCUUCUAACAUGCAUUUCUUAUCACCAUUUGCUGUUCUAAAUGUUUGGGACAACUCCUCAUUUUCUAAAAAAAAAAAUUCUUCUCUUGCUUGGGCACCACUUUGCACUCUUGGGUUUUCAGAUCUCCCUGUGAAAUUCAUCUCGGUUAAGGUGAAGGCAUUCUUGCCUUUUGAGAAAAAGUGGCUGCACGUACAGGUGGUGGUUGAUAUGGUCAGAAGCUUUAAUAAUCAAAUCUUACCCAUUAUGAUCAAGUUCAGCCAAGGUCUCGAUACCCUGUGUGACUGUAACCCUUUAUCCCUGCUGCUUUUGUAUCAUCUGUCCUUUCCUCUUUGUGAUGUCUUCUGCACAUGCAUUUACAAUCCCAAUUCCAAUGAACUUGGGACGUUGUGUUAAACAUAAAUAAAAACAGAAUACAAUGAUUUGCAAAUCAUGCUCAACCUAUAUUUAAUUGAAUACACUGCAAAGACAAGAUAUUUGAUGUUCAAACUGAUAAACUUGAUUGUUUUUAGCAAAUAAUCAUUAACUUUUAAUUUUAUGGCUGCAACACAUUCCCAAAAAGUUGGGACAGGUGGCAAAAAAGACUGAGAAAGUUGAGCAAUGCUCAUCAAACACCUCUUUGGAACAUCCCACAGGUAAACAGGCUAAUUGGGAACAGGUGGGUGCCAUGAUUGGGUAUAAAAGGAGCUUCCCUGAAUUGCUCAGUCAUUCACAAGCAAAGAUGGGGCGAGGUUCACCUCUUUGUGAACAAGUGCGUGAGAAAAUAGUUUUAACAGUUUAAGGACAAUCUUCCUCAACAUACAAUUGCAAGGAAUUUAGGGAUUUCAUCAUCUACGGUCCAUAACAUCAUCGAAAGGUUCAGAGAAUCUGGAGAAAUCACUGCAUGUAAGCGGCAAGGCCAAAAACCAACAUUGAAUGCCCGUGACCUUUGAUCCCUCAGGCGGCACUGCAUCAAAAACCAACAUCAAUGUGUAAAAGAUCAGGAACACUUUAGAAAACCAAUGUCAGUAAAUACAGUUCGGCGCUACAUCUGUAGGUGCAUCUGGAACCUCUACUAUGCAAAGCAAAAGCCAUUUAUCAACAACACCCAGAAAUGCCGCCGGGUUCUCUGGACCCGAGCUCAUCUAAGAUGGACUGAUGCAAAGGUGGAAAAGUGUUCUGUGUUCCGACCAAUCCACAUUUCAAAUUGUUUUUGGAAAUUGUGGACGUCGUGUCCUUCGGGCCAAAGAGGAAAAGAACCACCCGGACUGUUGUGGACACAAAGAUCAAAAGCCAGCAUCUGUGAUGGUAUGGGGCUGUGUUAGUGCCAAUGGCAUGGGUAACGUACACCACCUGUGAAGGCACCAUUAAUGCUGAAAGGUACAUACAGCUUUUGGAGAAACAUAUGAUGCCAUCCAAGCAACGGCUUUUUCAUGGACGCCCCUGCUUAUUUCAGCAAGACAAUGCCAAACCACAUUCUGCACGUGUUACAACAGCGUGUCUUCGUAGUAAAAGAGUAUGGGUACUAGACUGGCCUGCCUGCAGUCCAGACCUGUCUCCCAUUGAAAAUGUGUGGCGCAUUAUGAAGUGUAAAAUACGAAAACGGAGACCCCGGACUGUUGAACAGCUGAAGCUGUACAUCAAGCAAGAAUGGGAAAGAAUUCCACCUACAAAGCUUCAACAAUUAGUGUCCUCAGUUCCCAAACGUUUAUUGAAUGUUGUUAAAAGAAAAGGUGAUGUAAGACAGUGGUAAGCAUGACCCUGUCACAGCUUUUUUGGAACGUGUUGCAGCCAUAAAAUUCUAAGUUAAUGAUUAUUUGCUAAAAACAAUCAAAUUGAUCAGUUUGAACAUUAAAUAUCUUGUCUUUGUAGUGUAUUCAAUUAAAUAUAGGUCGAACAUGAUUUGCAAAUCAUCAACACAACGUCCCAACUUCAUUAGAAUUGGGGUUGUACAUGAAUUAUUCAUGAAGUUGCAUGCAUGUAUUUCAUCGUGUGUGUGUGUUAUGUUGCUCUCGUCUCCCCCUUGGUGCACCUCUUCCCGUGUCCUAGCCACCCAAUGAAGGCCAUCCACCUGUACCUAUCACAGACGUCCAUAGAGAUUGACAGUUCAGACGGAAUGAUCUCAGAGGCCAGCACUA